GGGAGGGGGGUGCUGGCUGCGGCAGCGGUUCCGCAGGCUUCUCGCGAGAGCUGGCGAGGUUUCCGGUGUUGUGGUUGUGGGGCCAUAAACAUGGCGGUGAGUCUCCGCUCACGUUCUUUGAGGCACCUCCCUAGCCGAGGUCGGAACGACAGCGGUGAGGAGAACGUCCCUCUCGAUCUCAACCGAGAACCCUGUGAUAAUAUGAGAGAGAUUCUCCAAAAUGUGGCCAAAUUACAAGGCAUUUCAAAUAUGAGAAAACUAGGUCACUUGAAUAAUUUUACUAAGCUUCUUUGUAAUACUGGCCAUGCUGAAGAAAUCCUAGGUUUUACGUAUGACAGCAUCAUAAUAUGUCUGCGGUUAGCUUUACUAAAUGAAGCAAAAGAGGUGCGAGCAGCAGGAUUGCGAGCCCUUCGCUAUCUCAUUCGAGACUCCAGUAUUCUCCAGAAGGUGCUGAAGUUGAAAGUGGAUUACUUGAUAGCAAGGUGCAUUGACAUACAACAGAGUAAUGAAGUAGAAACAACACAAGCACUUCGAUUAGUCAGAAAGAUGAUCACUGUGAAUGCUUCAUUGUUCCCCAGCUCUAUUACUAAUUCUUUGAUAGCAGUUGGAAAUGAUGGUCUUCAAGAAAGAGACAGAAUGGUUCGAGCAUGUAUAGCCAUUAUCUGUGAACUGGCACUUCAGAAUCCCGAGGUGGUGGCUCUUCAGGGUGGUUUAAAUACCAUCUUGAAAAACGUGAUCGAUUGUCAGCUUAGCCAAAUAAAUGAGGCUCUGGUAACUACAGUUUUGCACCUCAUUAAUCAUCCAAAGACCAGACAGUAUGUGCGAGCAGAUGUAGAAUUAGAGCAAAUUCUAGCUCCUUACACAGAUUUUCACUACAGACAUAAUCCAGACACAGCAGAAGGACAACUCAAAGAGGACAGAGAAGCACGGUUCUUAGCUAGUAAAAUGGGAAUAGUGGCAGCAUUUCGAUCAUGGGCAGGUAUUAUCAGUCUGUGCAAACCUGGGAAUUCCGGGAUUCAGUCUCUUAUUGGGGUACUCUGUAUACCAAAUAUGGAAAUACGGCGAGGUCUGCUUGAGGUUCUCUAUGAUAUAUUUCGUCUUCCUCUCCCUGUUGUCACAGAAGAAUUUAUUGAGGCACUUCUCAGUGUAGAUCCAAGCAGGUUUCAGGACUGCUGGAGACUUUCUGAUGGCUUUGUAGCCGCUGAAGCUAAAACUAUAUUACCCUAUAGAGCCAGAUCAAGACCUGAUCUCAUGGAUAAUUAUUUGGCUUUAGUGCUUUCAGCUUUUAUUAACAAUGGACUUCUAGAGGGUCUGGUUGAAGUAAUUACAAGUAGUGAUGACCAUGUAUCUGUUAGAGCAACUAUUCUUUUAGGAGAACUCUUGCACAUGGCAAACACAAUCCUUCCUCAUUCUCACAGCCACCACCUACACUGCUUACCAACUCUAAUGAAUAUGGCAGCAUCUUUUGACAUAAUGAAAGAGAAGAGACUACGAGCAAGUGCUGCGCUGAACUGCUUAAAACGCUUUCAUGAGAUGAAGAAAAGAGGGCCAAAACCUUACAGCCUCCAUUUAGAUCAUAUUAUUCAGAAAGCAAUCUCAACCCACCAAAAACGGAAUCAAUACCGUGUGCAGAAAGAUAUCUUUAUUUUAAAGGAUACAGAAGAAGCACUUGUAAUGAAUCUGCGAGACAGCCAGGUUCUCAACCAUAAAGAGAACCUUGAGUGGAAUUGGAAUUUGAUAGGGACCAUACUGAAGUGGCCAAAUGUAAAUCUAAGGAACUAUAAAGAUGAACAAUUGCACAGAUUUGUAAGGAGAUUGCUAUAUUUCUACAAGCCUAGCAGUAAACUGUAUGCCAAUCUGGAUCUGGACUAUGCAAAGGCUAAGCAGCUCACUACAGUGGGUUGUCAGUUUACUGAAUUUCUUCUUGAAUCACAAGAGGAUGGACAAGGUUACCUGGAGGAAUUGGUUAAAGAUAUUGUACAUUGGCUCAAUUCUUCAUCAGGAAUGAAACCUGAAUGUAGUCUUCAAAAUAAUGGGUUACUAAAUACCCUUAGUCAGCAUUACUUUCUGUUUUUUGGUACUCUAUCUUGUCACUCUCAUGGAGUCAAAAUGCUUGAAAAAUGUAAUGCGUUUCAGUGUCUUCUUAAUUUUUGUUCUUUGAAGAACCAGGAUCACUUGUUAAAACUGACUAUUUCUAGUUUGGAUUACAGCAGAGAUGGUUUAGCAAGAGUCAUCCUUUCUAAAAUCCUGACAGCAGCAACUGAUAGCUGCAGGUUGUAUGCAACAAAACACUUACGAGUAUUACUGAGAGCAAAUGUAGAGUUCUUCAGCAACUGGGGGAUUGAGUUACUGGUGACCCAGUUACAUGAUAAAAAUAGAACUAUUUCUUCUGAAGCACUUGAUAUUCUAGAUGAGGCAUGUGAAGAUAAGGCCAAUCUUCAUGCCCUUAUCCAAAUGAAACCAGCUCUUUCUCACCUUGGAGACAGGGGUUUGCUUCUACUCCUAAGGUUUCUGUCCAUUCCAAAAGGGUUUUCGUAUCUAAAUGAAAGAGGUUAUGUAACAAAACAAAUGGAAAAGUGGCAAAAGGAAUAUAACUUAAAGUAUGUUGAGUUGAUUGAAGAAAAACUUAAUGAAGCACUUACAACAUAUCGCAAACCUGUUGAUGGUGAUAACUAUGUUCGUCGAAGCAACCAAAGAUUACAGAGACCACAUGUCUACUUGCCAGUUCACCUUUAUGGCCAACUGGUGCACCAUAAAACAGGCUGCCAUUUAUUGGAGUCUCAGAGUAUUGUUACAGAUCUGAGUUAUACUGUUCGUUCCCCAAUGCUGGAUAAGUGGGAAGGAAUUAAGCAGCUGAAAGCAGCCCUUUGGGCAUUGGGCAAUAUUGGAUCAUCAAAUUGGGGUCUUAACUUGCUUCAAGAGGAGAAUGUAAUUCCUGAUAUAACGGCACUUGCCCAACAUUGUGAGGUUCUCUCCGUUAGAGGAACCUGUGUCUACGUGCUUGGUCUAAUAGCCAAAACUAAACAAGGAUGUGACAUUUUGAAGCAUCACCACUGGGAUGCAGUGAGACACAGUUACAGACAGCCUUGGCCAGUGGUCCCUGAUGACAUGGAUCAGCUCUGCAAUGAACUUUCUUCUAUACCCAGCACUCUUAGCUUAAACUCUGAGUCCACCAGUUCUAGGCAUAACAGUGAAAGUGAAUCCAUGCCUUCAAGUAUGUUCAUCAUGGAGAAUGACCGUUUUGGUAGCACUAGUACAUUCUUCCUAGAUAUUACUGAAGAAACAGAACAAAUAUUUUAUGACAGACCUGGGCCUUCAAAAGACAAAGACCGUAGUCCCUUUCCUUUUUUUUCUUCUAGCAGACUUGUGAAAAAUUGCAUUCUAAACUCUCUUACUCUACCUAAUAAAAAACACAGGAGCAGCAGUGAUCUAAAAGGAGGAAAACUGACAUCAUCUGACAGUAAACCAAGCCUGAGACGAAAUCGUACUGUAACAGAACCUUCCAGUAACAUAGAUUUUUCUGCUGGGGAAGAAUUCAACCCUGUUUUCAGAGUUCCUAAAAUGCAGACUUUACGAUUAGAAACUUCUUUUGUUGGAAGUAAGCACAUGGAAGAUACCAAUAGUACCCCUAGUAUUGGAGAAAAUGAUUUGAAGCUGCCAAAAGGUCUUGGAAAUGAAAUUCACCAGGAAAGUACAAGCAGAGAAAGGCUAAUAGGAGAUAGUACUACACAAGCACAUUUCAAGAGUCGUAGCUUAAGUUUUAAUACAGAUACCACGACAAGUGGCAUAAGCUCAAUGAGCUCUAGCCCUUCAAGGGAGAUUAUAGGUGUGGACACUACAAAUGUAAACAGUGACUGUGGAAGUUUGAGUACUGUAGUAAGCACAAAAACAGUUAAACCAAGUCACUGUUCAACACCACAGUCUAACCACCUGCCUCUCUCAAAAUCAAACUCUGUGUCCCUGGUACUGCCAGGGUCUUCUCAUACACUUCCUCGAAGAGCCCAGUCUCUUAAAGCUCCUUCUCUUGCUACAAUAAAAAGUCUUGCUGACUAUAACUUUAGCUACACAAGUUCUCGAGAUGCCUUUGGUUAUGCUACGCUAAAACGCUUACAACAGCAGAGGAUGCAUCCUUCACUGUCUCACUCAGAAGCCCUAGCAUCUCCAGUAAAGGACGUGCUGUUUACUGACACUAUUACCAUGAAGUCUGGCAGCCUGGAUUCUCGGCUAACCCUAAGCCAGUUCAUGAAAGCUUUAAGUUAUGCUUCGUUAGACAAAGAAGAUCUAUUAAGUCCUAUUAACCAAAACACACUUCAGCGUUCCUCCUCUGUUCGCUCUAUGGUUUCUAAUGCUACAUACGGUAGCUUUGAUGAUUACAUUGGCCUUGCUCUCCCAGUGGAUAUCAAUGAAAUAUUUCAGAUAAAGGAGACUCCAUAUUUCCAGAAGAAAACCACACCUCCAUUUGAUGACUGUGGAUCUAGGGUUUUUGCAUCUGAUGCAGGAGGUCUUCCAUCAGGUACAAGUGAUGUCACAAGUCCUUUUCAGAUGCUCCAGCAGCAGAUCAGUCUCACAGAAAUAAUGAAUACCAGCCAUUCAGAUACCUCUCAGUUUUUAGAAAAUACAGAGGAUAAUGGGCUACAGGAGCACACGGAUGAGAACUGCCUUUAUUGCGUCUGCAUUCAAAUUCUGGGUUAUCAGCCUAACAACAAAGUGAACUCUUCAUAUAGUCGUACAGAUUUUUCAGACAUUCCAUGUACUGACUGGUGUGGUCAGACCAUACACAAUCACUUAGAUGUGCAUUCGUCCAAAUUUUCUGGAAUUUCUGGCUGUAGUGAUGCAUUAUCCCAAGGUUCAGCUAGCAGUACCAAGAGUACAGAGAUUGUACUAGGAGUAAAAUCAAUCCCGGAUGAUAUACCAGUGUGCAGAAUACUUCUGCGGAAAGAAGUCUUACGUUUAGUAAUCAAUUUGAGUAGUUCGGUAGGAACUAAGGGCCAUGAAACUGGACUCCUGAAAAUUAAGGAGAAGUAUCCCCAAGCAUUUGAUGACAUAUGCCUUUACUCUGAAGUGUCCUACUUGUUAGCACAUUGUACAUUUCGACUUCCAUCUCGAAGGUUCAUUCAGGAGCUAUUUCAAGAUGUGCAGUUCUUACAAAUGCAUGAAGAAGCAGAGGCUAUUUUAGCAACACCAACAAAACAAUCAGUAAUUGAUACAUCAGCUGAAUCCUGACCUCUGUCUCACACAGUGCAUUUACAUAAAGACUUUCUGAAAUCCUCAGAUAAUUUCCGAUUGACUGGAUAAUAAAGUUUGGAGACCAUUCCAGAAGGUACUGGUACCUGAAGAGUGAACUGAAAACUUUUUCUUCCUCAACCAAUUACUGCCCCAGUCUUUUGAGCCCUUUGGGAAGUUAUUAAACAUUACCAUAGUUUUAAUAAAAGUAAUUACCAAUAUAUGCAAGAGCCAAGCACUGAACACCUCUACAAGUUUUAAUUUUGUUGUUGUUUUUUUUUGUUUUGUUUUUUACCAUAAAUUAAAAAAGUAAUAAUAAAAAUAAAAUGACAACACGUGGAAAUUUUUUUUAUGAUUGACUUCUAAUUCUGUUCCAGAGAAGCAGAAUGAUGCCUUGCUUUUUUUUUUGCUUUUAAUUUCUGGAUACCAGGAGCCGGUGAGAUGAGGGUGCAUGGGUACAUUCCGUUGCCAGCAAAUGGAAGCUGUACUGUGAUCAUGGACACCAGGGGAUUAAUGUUAGCCCUUCUCUGUUGUUUUUUGUACUGUUUAUAACACUACUUGGGGGGGGGGGGGGGGGGGCUUGUAACUUCAGACAGAAAAACAAGCUUCUGUGAAUCUGAGAUUUCCUUAAAGUUAUUUUAAUAUUACUGUAGUUGUAAGUCAUUUUAUUAGCAGACUCAUUCAUUUCAUUACAUUUACAUAUACAUAUCUUAUCUGAACCAGUUAUGGAUUUUUACUACAGUUUGAUUUUAAAAUAACAAAUAAUUUAUACUUAAAAUGCCGAAAUCAAGUUUUCCCUGAAUGAUAUGCAUGUUUGCAGUUUCUAUGCACAUGCUCAUAUAAUAUGAAUGUUGGUCUUAUUCUUAACUAAAAGCCUUUAACAAGCAUGUUUUGUAUCAGAUAAAUUAAUGUCGUAUAAAAUAAACUUGAAGACAUUUAA